UAGAAAAGGAUAGGAAAUUAGAAAGCAGAGAAUCAAUAGAACCUAACCUCAUUUUUUGGCUUCUUAACGUGUCAAAAUUAUUGUUUUUUUCAUUCUCUUUUCAACCAUGUCCGAGUAAAGUAAAGUGUUUCUAGUAUUUUUUCGCCAAGUGCAAGCCUCUAGGCGCGAUGGAGUUCUAGUAGUUUAAAGUUUAGCACACGCAAGUGUGCCCCACAACCAUAGUAAAUAUGCAGGCCAUCAUGGCGCUUCUCCCGCUUGCCGCAACCCUUUCGGCACAAACCCAACACUUAAGCAAUCUUUCCUUUGUGGAAUUCUAUUUCGUCACCCACACCGAAGACCGUCAACCAAAUGGAUUCGGUGCAGCUGAUGUGGAAACAGGAGCCGGUGUCGCCCCUCAAUUUUGAGGAGGCUUCACUGCUCGACGACGCUUUCUAUCAAUCUUCUCUUUUUGACGACGUAAAACUCGAAAAUGAACACUUCGAGAAUUGCGAGUCCAAGGCCGAGGUCGCUUCUCUCAUCCUGGAAAAUUUGGAAAAGCUUGUGGAUCUUGAUGAACUUAUUAAAUCAGAAUCGUCAUUUCUCCUUGACGAAAAAAUGCUCCCCCUGCUGGACGACAUGGAACCGCCUCACGGUGCAGUGGCGGUACCAAUCAAGCCCGAAUAUUACGAACUUCCAGCUGAAGAACCCACUUAUGUCUUCAACGAUUUAGAAAAUGUCUAUUUCGAGUUGAACCACGCGGUUACUUUAACACCGCCGCAAAGUCCACCAGCAGUGGUUAUCACCACUUUAGAACCAGGAGCUCCAUCGGCCAUAGUUUCUUCUGUACCUGAAAAGCAACAAUUUCAAUCAUCCCCGACGGUACUCACUUUCCCUCCAGACAAUUAUGCUUCAACGCCUCAACCAGAUAUCGCACGCGAAUUGGCUGUUGUCGACGAAAUCGUGCGUUCAACUGUUGAGGAUAUGCAAUGGAGCAGCAGCGGCUCUUCUUCGCCGACGAGCAGCAGCCAGAGUAGUAAUUUUGGUGAUUAUUCUUCAUCUUCAGAUGAUACUGAAUGGAUCCCGGAGUCGACUGACAACGGCGACGCUUCAUUCAAUCAAAAACAAACCAAAAAAGGACGUAAACGUAGCAGCAACAAACCAUAUUCCCCUGAUGACAAGAAAAAUCGUAAAAAAGAGCAAAACAAAAAUGCCGCUACUCGUUAUCGUUUGAAGAAAAAGGCCGAAGUUGAAAUUAUUUUGACCGAAGAAAAAGGUUUGCUUGACAUACAUGGUGAAUUGAGUAAUCAAAUUACUGAUUUGCAAAGGGAAAUCAAGUACUUGAAGGGACUUAUGCGCGAUCUCUUCAAAGCCAAGGGCCUUAUCAAUUAAUGAUUUUUUUUAAUAUAAGAUUGAUAGAAAGUAAUCUUUAAGGAAAGAUAUUUUAAGCGUUUUUCUUUUUUUAGUUUUAGUUAGUUAUAUUAGUGGGUAUGGAAACAACAUUGGAAAGUUAACUUAACUUGUUUAUCAGUGCUCUGUAAGAGACUGAAAAUUUGUGAGUUAACUUUUUCACAUUAAAAUUAAGAUUUUUUUAUAUAUUAUAUACACGCAUAUAUUAUUAUAUCACAUUUAGUUUUAGUCAGCUAAUUAAACAUUCAUGUAAUUGCACUGUUUGUUUUAUUUUCUCAACUUGCUAAUUUCAAGACAUUGAAGUUUUCUAUGAAAUCAUUAACUCCCAUCUUGUUUUGAGGUUUAAUAUAUUUUUUUUACAGGGUUUUCAUUUUUUUCAUGAAUAGAGUGAUUUUACCUCCUGCUCCUACUGUUUAAGUGUUUUCUAAAUUUUUAGUCCUUCACAAAAUAAAUAUCUUCCAUAUAAGUUCUGUCGUUUUUCUUUGGGAAAAAUCUCAUACCACAACACAAAUUUCUCUCUAAACGUUCUACAACAACAAAUUUACUUGAAUGUCUUCAAGACUGGACAGACAACCAUGAUAAUUUUCAGCUCACAGAUGUCAUCUAUCUCGAUUAUGAGGAAGCAUUUGACAGAGUCCCAGAUAAUCUACUUGUCUAAUUCUGUAUUGAUGCAUUUUUCUUUCCUUUUAUGACAUACCCGUAAUAAUUUCCAUUAUUGUAAACAGUUAUUCUCACCACGUCUAAAGAGGUAAUCGUUUUGGAAACACCUUUAAUACUUCGCUUCAGCAUGACAAAGUGUUAAAAAAAUCGUGGCAAUAAUUCUAAUGAAAGAAUAUUGUAUUUCUCGCCAGAAUAUUGUAUUUUUUUAAGUUAAAAAUCAUAAAUUCAUAUCUACAAUAUUCACCACCUGGAUCGUCACACUACUUCUAGAAAAGUUGAAACACUUUGGAGAGGUCCCAUUGUAGUAAUAGACCAGCAAGAGAGAUUGUAUCAAUGGCCAAAUCAACAUCUUGUUAAUAGCGGAGUUGUCCAGGGUUUGAUAAUAAGGCCCUUUGCUUUUCACAUCAUAUUUGUUUGAUCUUAUCAUAAGGUACUCCAAGAAACUGGAAAUCACUGUACGUUUUUUUCGUGGGUGGUUGACCCCUCAUUAGGACACAAAUAAAAAUUUUAAAAAACAAACAAAUUUAGGCACAAUAAUACAAAUAUAUUAUGUUUAAAACUUAUAAUCAUAUAAUUGUUUUCUUUUACUAAUAUAAGCUGUUAUUCAAGUAAAUAAAUCACUCGUUUUUGUUGCUCUCCUUAAUUUUCCAAGCCCCUAUGGUAUACCUUAGCCAAAUCAAAACCAAAUCCAUGCCCAUUUGUAACCAGCUCCAAACCGGAGUCACUUUCGAACCGUCGAUUUCCGUCCACCUAACAGCCACCUCAGAAAUAGGAAUUUUCAACUUUUGUGCUAUAUAAAGCAGUUCAACAUCGAACGCCCUAAAACCACCAUUUAGAAUUUAUUCAAGACAAAAAAAAAAUCAAUUUACCAUCUUUCUACAUGCAUACUAUCAAAACACAAUCUAGCAGCCUUUCUGGUCAGCAAUUUGAAGCCACAUUGUGUGUCCUUGAUGCCUCUCACCGCAAAUAACCAAACCAAAAAAUGAAAUCCGUACAUUAAAAUUGUUCUGAAAAAGGUUCUGCUUGCAACAGCUUCUUCUUCUAAGUGGGAUCUUGAACCUACAGUGAUUGCUAAUAAAUCAGAUGCUUUUGAAGACUCAGAUAAAUAAUUAGCUGAAAAAAAAAACUAUCCUGUUUAAAUUCAUAGUAGUUAUUAAUUGUAUGACAUACUUGAAAUCAAGUUUUCAAUACUCUCUUCCAGCUUAAUUAAGUCUGCAAACUUGGUAGCGCCAUCGGCAUCAGCGAAAAGCAAUAAGGCUCCUCUAGUACUCAGCAUGCCUAAUCUGACAGCGCCCCCUUUGCCUCUAUUUCGUUCCAGCUCUAGCACCCUUACUUUUUCAAUGCCAUAUUUCUUGCUGUAGUUUAAUGCUUCAUUUACUGUAGCAUCAGUACUUCCAUCACUGACUACUAUAACUUCGUAAGUGAAACUGGGAAGUUUUUUUUGUCUGGUUUCCAGAAAUUCCAAACAUUCAUCCAACAUGGGAGGAACUAUAA